CAGACUUUGCAAACUUCCCCAAGGGGUAUGGCUCCUUUUGAAAAAUCCAUGGAAAUGAUGCCCUUCAAGCAAAGGAAAUGCCUUGCUACAAGAAAAGAUGAAGUGUGCAGUAUUCGAUCUAAAUUCCCCAAUAAAUUACCUGUGAUUGUUGAACGUUACAUACGUGAAAAGACUCUCCCCCUGAUGGACAAAACAAAGUUCCUGGUUCCCUUUGAGCUCACCUUGGGUCAGUUCCUCUGCCUGCUCAGGAAUAAAAUUGCUCUGGAUUCCUCCCAAACACUCUUCCUUCUGGUGGCAGAAAAAAGCAUGUCCUGCAUGUCCUGCAGCAUGGGGGAGGUGUAUUCUCGCUACAGAGAUACUGAUGGCUUCCUCUACAUCACAUAUGCCUCUCAGGAGAUGUUCGGAGCACCUCAGCCAGCUGCCAGGCCACCAUGCUGA